AUGGAAAGUUAUUCAGAAGAUGAAAGAAAUUUUCAAACUCCUGAAUAUCUAAAACCCAAAUUUAAUGGUUUGGAAGGAAAAUACAUUCAUUCUACACCAUUAUCUCAAUCUAAUCCUUAUCCAGUACUUCAUUCAAUGUUAUCAGGUUUUACAGGAUAUAAAGAUAUAUUAACCAAUGAAAAAACAACACCUCUUUAUAUACCAUUAUCAGAUGAAGGAUAUUCAUCAGUUGGAUCUGGUUCAACUCCAACUGGUUUCUCAAAUAAUUUACCGACAUCUGAAUCAAUAAAUCAAUAUAAAGAUUAUGGAUCUGUUGAAUGUAUUCAUAAUUCUAUUAAUCAAAAAGAAAAACUAGAAAUUGUUGCAUUGGAAUUGUUAAAUCAAGCUCGUCUAAUUCCAAAUUAUUCUUGUCAUAGACAUUUACAUAAUAGAAAUAAUUUAGGAAUAAAUGAAGUGAAUGAUAAAUCACAAUUAUCAUAUUAUAAAGAAUUGAAUGAUAAAUAUCAUUCAUUAUUACAAUCUAAUAUAAAAUAUGGAAAUUAUAAUUAUCCAUCUAUGAUUAAUCAAAAUAAUGAAUGUAUUAAUUUAAGUCAACAAGAUUUAAAUUGUACAAAAUUAUUAUCUUCAAUUAAUAUAAACAAUUUACAAUAUCAAAAUAAUAAACAAUCUUUCAAUGAUCAAUUGAAUUAUUCAAAACCAUUUGAAAAGAUUAAUAAAACUAUUAAAAAUGAUAAUAAUAUAGAUACUGAUCAAUCAAUUGAAAGUCGUAAUCAAAUAUGUAAUCAAAUUCUGAAUCAAGUUCGUCGUGAAAUGAUUCGACUUAUUGAUAAUAGUAUGCAUCAAUUAGAAACAUAUUUACAAAAUUAUCAUUAUAAAGAUUGGUAUAAUUCAUCAACCAUAUUAAAUUAUUGUAAUUCAAUGAAAUCUGUACAAUUUGAUGGUAUACAAGAUUGUAAUGUGACACCACUUAAUUUAAAAUUUACAAAAAAUAAUAAUGAUAUAGAAUUGGAAAAUGUUAACAAUAAGCAAUCUAAUCAGAAUCAAUCAAGUGAAGUAGAGUUUAUUCCUAAUGAUAUUGUAUCAUCUGAACAAGAAUCUGCUAAUUCAAAGUGUACAAUCAUAACAUCAAAAGAAUCAUCCACUUAUUCAACAAGAAUAAAAUCAUUACGUUAUACUACUACUAAUAAUAAUAAUAAAACACGUCGAUUAAGAAUUCAUCAAUUUAAUAGUCAAUUAUUUGUUGAUAGAAAUCAAACAAGAAAAUUAAAUAAAUUAUCACCAAGUUGUAAUAAACGUCGGUUAAAUAAUGAUAUAGAAGAAUUUCAAAAUAAAAUUCCUCAUUUAGAUGAACCAUUAGAUUUAAGAAUUCAUCAAAAUGAUCAUGAUGAUAAUAAUGAUAAUAACAAAACAGAUCAAAUUAUUUCAUUAGAUAAUCAUUCAAGUGAUUGUUCUCAAACAGGUUUGAAAAAAUCAAUAAUUAAUAGUCAAACUAAAACAGCAACAUUGAGUGCAGCUCAUUUGAAAAAAGCUAAAAUGAUGUUCAUGUAUUCUCGUUAUCCAACAUCAAGUCUAUUGAAGUCAUAUUUUCCAAAAGUUUGUUUUAAUCGUGGAUCUACUGCACAAUUGGUAAAAUGGUUUAGUAAUUUCCGGUAA